GUGUAAGAUACAGUGGUGGAGUCUCACAGUGUGGUUGUUUAGUAGAAAAAAAUUCAAGGUGUGACAGUCUGUCUGAACAAAGGCCGGGAAACAAGUGGGAGAUUUCUCAUGGGUCGAGAGACUUGCUGGAAAGUGAAGUGUUUGGUGUGGAAGGGUUAGCCUUUUCUUGAUCAGUAAUGCUUAUGAGGAGUCCAUUUGUGUCUGUGAAGAUCAUACUAGUGAGAAGUACAAAAAGGAGUGUCACAGUAUGAAGUUGUGAGACUGUCAUUACCACUUUUUCCUUUUUAAACACUAUCUACUGUCCUUUGCUGGUCCUGCAGAGCUGGCCACGGUCUCCAGCUGCCCCCUGGUGGUAGCUAAAGCCCGCCUUAGCUUAUUCACUCACCAUGCACUCUCCUGGCCAAGCUUUGUGCAGCCCGCCUGGGAGUGGCCCUCAGCCUGCUUCCCUUGGAGGUGACAUAGCUCCCUGCCCUGAACAAGCACUUCUGUCUGGCACAGUGGGUGCUUAACUGAUCGCUGAGGGCUACUACUACACCUUGGAGGAUGCAUGCUGUUACUGGCCUGCUUUUAGGUCUCCGGGUUCAGACUGGUGGGCUUCCCAAGUAUAGCUUCCUGUUGGGGCUUGGUCAGCUAGUUCCUGGGAGACGAAGCUUCAAGUCUGGCUGUUAUGCCAGAUUGUGGAUUCUGUGACUGGCAGUCUCUAACACUUACUCUCGUGGUUAAAUGGAGACCAUGAACUUGGGCUAUCCCAAAAGGCUCAUGGGGAGUGGCAGUGCAGUCAGUAUGUAGCAGUCAACUCUUCCGGAUACCUGUGAGCUAGGCCAUUCAGAGCGUUGUCUCUCCUCCUCUGAUCCUGACAGUUUUAGUGGAUAUAGCUGAAGGAGAAUCCUGAGGUUAAAGUGUCACUACACAACCUGUGUCCUUCCCCAGGUUCCUGCCUGAAGACCAGCUGGGUACUGUUUUUGACAUCCCCAUCACCAUGCACUCCUUGGACGAGCCGCUUGACCUAAAGCUGAGCAUCACCAAGCUCCGGGCGGCGAGAGAGAAGCGAGAGAGGACCCUGGGUGUGGUCCGGCAUCAUGCUUUGCAUAGGGAGCUGGGCCUGGUGGACGACAGCCCCACACCUGGCUCCCCAGGCUCCCCCCCUCCAGGCUUCCUGUUGAACCCCAAGUUCCCUGAGAAGGUGGAUGGACGCUUUUCCACAGCCCCCCUGGUGGACCUCAGCUUGUCACCACCAUCUGGACUGGACUCCCCCAAUGGCAGCAGCUCCCUGUCCCCUGAGCGCCAGGGCAAUGGGGACCUCCCUCCACUGCCUACUGCUGUGGAUUUCCAGCCACUUCGAUAUCUGGAUGGUGUCCCCAGCUCCUUUCAGUUCUUCUUGCCCCUGGGCUCUGGGGGGGCUCUGCACCUACCUGCUUCCUCAUUCCUCACACCCCCCAAGGACAAGUGCCUCUCACCAGAGCUGCCCCUAGCCAAGCAGCUGGUGUGUCGAUGGGCCAAGUGUAACCAGCUCUUUGAGCUCCUCCAAGACCUGGUCGACCAUGUCAAUGACCAUCACGUCAAGCCGGAACAGGAUGCUCGGUACUGCUGUCAUUGGGAGGGCUGUGCCCGCCACGGCCGUGGCUUCAAUGCCAGCAGGUACAAGAUGCUCAUCCACAUCCGGACUCAUACCAAUGAGAAGCCACACCGAUGCCCCACCUGUAACAAGAGUUUCUCCCGCCUGGAAAACCUGAAGAUCCACAACCGCUCCCACACAGGUGAGAAGCCCUACGUCUGCCCCUACGAGGGCUGCAACAAGCGUUACUCCAACUCGAGUGACCGCUUCAAGCACACCCGUACCCACUACGUAGACAAGCCCUACUACUGCAAGAUGCCCGGCUGUCACAAGCGCUACACGGACCCCAGCUCACUGCGCAAGCACAUCAAAGCCCACGGCCACUUUGUGUCCCAAGAGCAGCAGGAGCUCCUGCAGCUGCGCCCACCCCCCAAGCCACCACUGCCCACCCCUGACAGUGGCUCCUAUGUCAGUGGAGCUCAGAUCAUCAUCCCCAACCCCGCUGCCCUUUUUGGAGGCCCCAGUCUGCCUGGCCUGCCUUUACCCUUGGCUCCUGGCCCCCUUGACCUCAGUGCUCUGGCUUGUGGCAAUGGUGGGGGUGGGGGUGGGGGCAUGGGUCCUGGGCUGCCAGGCUCUGUUCUGCCCCUCAAUCUGGCCAAGAACCCACUCUUGCCCUCACCCUUUGGGGCUGGUGGACUAGGCCUGCCUGUGGUCUCUCUCCUGGGUGGCUCUGCUGGUAGCAAGGCUGAGGGGGAGAAAUGUCGUGGGUCAGUGCCUGCCAGGGUCCUGGGCCUGGAGGACCAAAAGACUCCCCUGGAAAGGACGGAGCGCAGCCGCUCCCGGCCAAGCCCUGAUGGACUCCCUUUGCUACCGGGCACUGUACUGGACCUGUCCACGGGCAACUCAGCAGCCAGCAGUCCAGAAGCACUAACUCCUGGCUGGGUGGUCAUCCCACCAGGGUCUGUGCUGCUCAAACCAGCUGUGGUAAACUGAAACUGGGCUACCCACCUACCAGCUGUGACAGCCCAGCCACCUAUUGUGGGCUCAUCCCCGACGAACAGAAACUCUUCUGCGAAAUAGCAAUAAUAUUCUACUGCCCCAGGCCCAGUGUCUGCUCCCUGGGAAGCUGCAGGCCCAGACAAGCUGAGGUGGCAAGGAUGGUGCUAGAAGGGCUUUGCAGGCUUCCUGGCUAGGCUUCCUGGCUCCAGAGUAAGGGCUUGGCUUGGACCUGCUGUUCAAGAAGGGCUAGGCUCUUGGGUGCUAAGGCCUCACUCACUUCCACUUCUCUUGUCCAUAGUCUGGGUGAGGCCUUCCUCUGCCUGUCCUCUUGCUCUGGUGCAGUCCACUCCAUGACCAGCUUGAUUGGGCAGGUUGCCAUUCUUUCCUGCCUUACCUACAUGUCAACUGGAGAGCCCCAACCAAUGAUCAUAGGCCCAUGCUUGGGAACUCCUUAGACCCCUUUCCCUCUGGCCCACUCUACGGAGGGAGAGCAAGACAGACACAGGCCCCGGCUAAGCCACAGGAAAAAGUUAUCUUCUCCCUUUCUACUGCUAUGACAAGGUGCUUCCCUGCUUGCUUAGCAGAGAAGCCUGCUCUGUCAGUGUCCUCUCUCCUUCCUGCCAGAAUCAGCACUGCCAGAGGAUUGGCAACACUUUCCAAAGAGGAGGGGCCGCUGACCACUUACCUUUCCUUGGGAAUUUGCAAGCAGGUUCAAAGGAUCAUUGUACUGGUCUGGUCCAGCUUGGUUUGGCCUGGGCAGUGCUAUCCUGCAGAAGCCUGCAAGGCAUCAGUCUACACUAGAGAACUACCAGGCUUGGGAAGCAGCUGCAGGUUUGGGAGCUGCGAAGUCAUGGAACACAGGGAAGGACUGACUCAUUGGAAAGGAGCUUUCUAGAAACCACAAACUAAAGCCCCUGGGUGUGAGGGAACCUAGGCAGCCAAACACUGCAUUUAGAGAACCGACUCUCUUGCUCGGGAAAAUCUGGCUAGAGAGAGGACCAGUCAUGUGACAGGUUGUUUCCUCUGACUUUCCAGCUGAGCCCUUUUCUUGGUGGUGCCUCUCUUUUGCAGAGCUUGUGCUAUUCAGAAUAAGGUAGCACUUACGCGGAGCUAGAAUAAGCCAAGGGCAUUGGAGGACUAUGUGCUCCACAGCUCCAAAAGACUAGAUGCCCCAACUUGGGCCUCUUGCUGUCCCUGUACUAUGCUGCAGAGUGGCUGAGCCCCUCACUCCCCAUCUGUAGAACAAAAAAGCUGCUGGGAUGGUAGUAGGAUCCUUAGUAGCUCUGUGGUUCCCCUGAGCAGCUCUGCCUAAUCUCCUUUUGCCCAGACUGCCCUUCUGUUUCAGAAGGGUCACCCUGACCUGACCUGCCCAACUGCUAGUCUCCGGGACCCCAGCCCUGACAGGGCUUGGCUGUGCUGGCUCUACCCCUUGAAGGGGCUGUGAGCACAUUAAGGAGCUGGUCUCCUAUCUUUGGGUCUUCCCAGGAUCCAAGCAACCUCCUGGCUGUUAGGGCCCUAGGCCUUAAGUCCCUGGCUGGGGAAUUGGGUUUGAGACUCAAGCCCAAGAGUAGAGGAACAGGGCACUGGAAGGUGACAUUAGCUCAGCAUGUGAUGCAGUGAUGGACCAGGCUUCGAAGGGCCGGUACACUUAUUGUCAGUUUGUUGUUGCACAUUCCAGGAUAUCAGUAUUUUAACAGGUUCUAAGUGCCUUUCUAUUGUAGCUUAUGUUUUUCCUCCUUUUGGCUCCAUUGCUGUUAGCAUAGAGUUUAAAAAAAAAAAACAAACAAAAAGAGAUAAGCUAAUGACUAUAACAAUAUGCUCCUCCAUGUGAGAGGAGGUUUAUAAAGAAACAAUAAAAGUGAGUUGCAAAGAUG